AAGUGUGAGUGGAGUUGUGUUCCGUCAGUGUCUGUUCCUGGACAGGCAGAAGCUAAGUGACUGCCGCCGAGACUGGGAGCAAGACAGGCGAUGGGAGCUAAGUUCUCUGGUGGCACCUGUAGAAUCUAAGGGGAGGGUACGACUCCAAGGAGUAGACGAGGUGGAGCAAGGUCUCUCCCUGCUCAACUUUCAUGUUCAAGAGCUGUUUGCCAAGCAGCAUUUAACAGAGGGCGCAGCGUGCCAGGGAUUGUGAAAGGUCUUUUUACGGAUAUCUCAUUUUGGCUUUACCACAAACCUGUGAGACUGGUAUGAUUUUUCUUGUUUUACAAAGGAGUUGUGCAUAAAUUUAAAAAUUCAGUCUAGAAGUUGUAACUAAGAAAUUAGACUUAACAAAUAAUUAUGGUUACUGAAUCGUUAUAUAGAUGCCUUUUUCUUUCUAAUAUAUUGUACAAUACCCGAAAGGAAAUAACCUGAAAUUACUGAAACCCACUGAAUUGCAAAUUGUAAAAUCUCUUGACUGCUCCUGCUUGUACCCCCUUAUCCUGUUUUACAACUUUACAAUCUUUUAAUCGCAAAGACAACCCCCUAAUGUUAACGAAGGAACUUGAGUCAGCCCAGAACUAAAGGCUGACCAUAGUAUUGUUAUCGUCAAGGUUAUUCUUAAUUCUAGCUUAGCUCUGCUCCUUUUUAUUUGUAAAUUGUAAUCCUUGAUACUUGUUUUAAUGGUAAGAACUCCAUCUCCCCUUGUUUGAAUCCAUAAAAACCCUGAACUUCUUAGGCUCAGGGAGACAGAUUUUGAGACAAUAGGUCAUCUGCUCUCCUUGCUUUGUGUAGCAAUAAACUUUCUCUUUUUGAAACCCCAGGGUCAUAAAUUGGCUGUUGAACACGUGGGGGCAGAGAACCCCACGUUUGAUCCGUAUCAUUUGGCAACUCUGGUGGAACCUGGAUGUCCUUAAAGGAUAAGGAGUCCAAUUGUCCGAAGUUCUGGAGCCCUGGCAGGACAGGUUAGCAGGGUAAUGAAGACUUUUGCGGCCCCUGGACCCAUCUCAGUCUAGAGACUUGACAACCGUGUUUUCUUCUACCCUGCUGGCACCCCAGGCUCCUCUGAGCUUUCUAAUACCAUUCCUGACUGUUAGGUGCAUCAGGCAAAGAACCCAACAUUUCAUCGGGAUCAAAGUCAAAACUUCUAACUCCCAAGUCCAGGCCACUGCCUACAACACAGCUGCCUUCAGAUUGUGACCAUGGCUACAGAGUCUGAUGUUCUGCACUUCCAAUUUGAACAGCAAGGGGAUGUGGUCUUGCAGCAAAUGAAUCUCUUGAGACAGCAGAAUUUAUUUUGUGAUGUAUCAAUUUAUAUUAAUGACACCGAGUUCCAGGGACACAAGGUGAUUUUGGCUGCUUGCUCUACUUUUAUGAGAGAUCAGUUUUUACUUACCCAGUCAAAACAUGUCAGAAUCACUAUCUUGCAAAGUGCAGAAGUUGGCAGAAAAUUGUUGCUCUCUUGUUAUACUGGAGCACUUGAAGUUAAAAGGAAAGAGCUUUUGAAAUAUUUGACUGCUGCUAGUUAUCUUCAGAUGGUUCACAUUGUGGAAAAGUGCACAGAAGCUUUGUCAAAGUAUCUUGAAAUUGAUCUUUCUAUGAAGAACAACAACCAGCAUACUGACCUGUGUCAAUCCUCUGAUCUAGAUGUAAAGAAUGAAGAAGAAAAUUCAGAUAAAGACUGUGAGAUAAUUGAAAUUUCAGAAGAUAGUCCUGUAAACAUGGAUUUCAGUGUUAAAGAAGAGGAGAGCCAUGCUUUACAGUCUACAGUAGAGAGCUUGACAUCAGAGAGAAAGGAAAUGAAGUCACCAGAGCUGUCUACAGUAGAUAUAGGUUUUAAAGAUAAUGAAAUUUGUAUCCUCCACGUGGAAUCUAUCAGUACAGCCAGUGUAGAAAAGGGUCAAUUUUCACAGCCUUGUACUUCUUCAAAGGCAAGCAUGUAUUUCUCUGAAACACAGCAUUCACUGAUCAAUUCUACAGUUGAGAGCAAAGUGGCAGAAGUUCCUGGGAAUCAAGGCCAGGGCUUAUUUUGUGAGAAUACGGAAGGAAGUCAUGGUACAGUGAAUGAGUUUCAGAAUCUGGAGGAGGGUUAUUCACUGAGGCACCAGUGCCCCAGGUGCCCUCGAGGCUUUCUUCACAUUGAAAACUAUUUGCGCCAUCUUAAGAUGCAUAAACUAUUCUUGUGUUUACAGUGUGGGAAAACAUUUACACAGAAGAAAAAUCUCAACCGGCACAUUCGAGGGCACAUGGGCAUACGGCCCUUUCAGUGUAGUGUGUGCUUGAAGACAUUUACUGCUAAAAGCACUCUUCAGGACCACUUGAAUAUACACAGUGGGGAUCGGCCAUACAAAUGCCACUGUUGUGAUAUGGAUUUCAAGCACAAAUCUGCCCUCAAAAAACAUUUAACCUCUGUCCAUGGCAGAAACAGUGGUGAAAAACUACCCAGGCCUGAUCUUAAAAGGCAAAAUCUACUGUAAUUAGAUUCACACAUUUGAUAUAUAUCAUUUUGUUAGCCAUGUCUUUUUGUAGAAAUGCAGCAUCUGUAGUAUUGCAUCCCCUCCAUCUUUAGGUCUGCCAAUACAUGUUAUUCUUCCUGAACUUCUAACAGUUCCAGAGUUGUGGGAGCCAUGGAAAAACGGAUAAGAUUCUCUCAUCUCAUAUGUUAUGUUUAUGUUCCAGUAGUAUACCUAGAGAAAUAGUGUUCUUUUUAAAGUAUUUUUGAUUCUGUGAUGGAAGGGAACCAGCAGUAUUUCCAGAUUCUGAUUUGGAUUCUCUAGAUAACUGAUUUAAGUGUAAAAUCCAACCAUAUAAUAUGUUUAAUGCAUUUGAAUAACAGGAAGAGAAAAUGAAUCUAAAAACACAGUUAUUAGUAACUACCUUUAAGAGCUGAUGAGAUGAGAUUUUUUAUUUUUAAUUUUUAACUUUGACUAACUGCUUUUAAAUUCUAAACUAAACAGUAAGGUACCUAUUGUUUUAAACUGUAAAGGCACACAAUUCACAUUCACUUGAGUAGCAGAACUUGCUAAUAUAUGGACCGAUAUUCCUUAGAAUAAUUUUAUUUCUAUGAGUUACCAGUAUGCAUAUUUUAGAAAUGAUUAAUUGAGCCCAAGUUUCUUGAUUUUAUUUAAAACAGUUUCAUUUAAUAAUUUUGUGGCCAGUAAAAUUAUAUCAUUGGGAUCAAGCUCUGUAAAAUUACAUUUCUUAGAAAUUUCAACUUUACCAAAGAUAUUUGUUCUACCUCUUUUUUAUUCCUUUUAUUUAUAUUUAAAUAGCAUACAGUAAGAUUAACCUUUCUGUAUAGUUUUGAGUUUUAACCAUGUAUAGACUUUUGCACCUACCACCACAAUCAGGAUACAGAACAGUUCCAUCAUCCAAGAAACUCCCUCAUCCUGCCCCUUUGUAGUCAGCCCCUCUUCUUACCCACAUCUCUGACAACCUCUGAUGAGUUCUUCAUUGCUAUAAUUUUGCCUUUUCCAGAAUGUUGUAUAAAUGGAAUCAUAUUGCAGGUACUCCAUUACCUAGACUUUUAUUAUUUAUUUCCAGAAAUUUGCCACAAGCAAAACCAUGAUGGUAUAAUUACUUAAAUGAGAGUAACAUUUCAGAUUGUGUCAUGAGCCAUAGCUCUAUAAUAUCCCUAACUACAUGUAAUACAAAACUUUUUGAUGUUAGAAUGAAAAAUAAAAUUAUUACAGGGCAAAUCAUAUUCUAAAAACAGUAACUACUUAACUACUUUCAGCAAAAAAGCCUGAUAUGGGUACAUCUUACUUGUGAGGUUCUAUUCCACCCUUAAUCACCUCAGCUAUAUGUAGGUUUUCAGCUAUAUUUAGUUUCUGUUGAAGCCCUUCCAUAUUUUCUAGUGUAAUAUACUUCGUACCAUUUAUAAGAAUUUAGUGAAGAAUCAUGUUGAUUGUUAUAUAUGUUAUAUGUCCUUUUUGUGAUACCUUUGUGAAAAAUGUACUUUCCAUGUAGUUUUAACUCUAGAAGAGACUAUAGAAUCCAGUUCUCAAAUUUUACAGAUGAGAAAACUGACUUCAUAACACAGGUCACUACUUAAUGACAUUGGGCAUUGACCUCUUAGCUUCACAUAUAAAAUAAUAGUUUAGUUGUUGAUAAUUUUAAAAAUAAUCCCAGGCCUAAAAUUAUAUGAUUUUAUGAGUUCCUGAGAGCAGAGAAGAGGGAAAAGUAAAAGGAGUUUUUUUUUCUUUUUUAGAAACUGGCACCUACUAUCUUGGAUGUUUCAAAAAAAUUCAUGGUUGAAACUCGGUUUAAGUUUUAUGUGUGCCUUGUAAGAUGUUGUGAAAUAUUUUGUAAUGCACUUUGAGAUUUUUGUGUGGUGGGAGGGGUGUUUUGUGAAACUGAUGGAUGUUAUUUAUUAUUAUUUAUUUAUGUUCAGUAGCACAGAGUGAUCUGAAAACAUUCCCAGAAGAGUGUCUGUUUGCAUGAUGUUUCUAAAUAGUUUCAGGAAAAUGGAAUUUUUAAAAAUGCAGGUAUGGCAAGGUAAAGUAUAGAAUUUAUACAUUUAAAAUACUCUUUUAGUUGUUUGUGUUUCUGAUACGAGAAAAAUGCAAAAUAUGUUUGUAUUCAAGCUCAUCCUUUACUGCAUUGAUGUAUAAAAGAUCUUGACAAGGUACUUGUUACUUCGUUGUAAGAGAAAAUCCUUGCCCUCUUUCUUUGGAUGUUACUAGUUUAUGCCUUCAAAAUAAUAAACUGGAGGUGGGAAUGGAGAUCUUUGUGUUUUGAUUACAUCUGUGAAUUUUAAAGGAGGAAACAA